CGUGAAGGUCGUUCGCCUCCAUCCAUCCAUCCUCCCAUUUUUUUGCUCGCUUUGAGACCGUUUCUGCACGAUGGCGUGUGAGCCCGAGCAGUCUGACCGCGCCGGGCAGUCGUUCGACCUGAGGUGAGCGAGGAGGACUCUCAUGUCGGAUGGAUCUCUCAUUCCUGCCGUCUGUGUGGCCCUGUUGGUCUGGCGGGUCAGCAAUGACGAGCACUACGCUGUUCUCUACGGCCGCGCGGGAGCCACCAAGGCCAAACUGGCGCGACUCAGCGGAGCGGGCAUCACCAUGAUGCAGGAGAGGCGCAAAAAAGGUCAGCAAACGGACGGGUUUGUCUGCAGAUGGUCGCUCCAUUGCACUGUUUGCACGGUUUGCACGGUGCAUGGUGCAUGGCGCAGGUGUGUCUGUGUUUGGGACGCAAGAGCAGCGUGACAAGGCCAUCUUCUACAUGAAGGUCCUCCUGGCGACCGUCGGCGCGCCGAUGGCCAAGGGUUCCGAUGUCGCUCGGGAGAUACCCAUGAACUACACCAAGGCAAACACAGCGGGGAGGGGAGGGGAGAUGUGUGGGGGGUAUGGUGUGUGAUGUGAUGUGUGUGAUAUGUGUGUGUGUGUGUGUGUGGUUGCAGGUGAAGGGCCGCACGGAUCUGUCGCUUGUGGUGGUGCCGCUCGACGCCGUGUCCUACAUCGUCGGCAAAUACAGAUCGGUACGCACAAUGACACACACAGAAGGACACCUGGGGAAGAGAACGAGCAACACAGCAGUGUUUGUGUUUGUGUUUGUGUUUAUCUGUGUGGCGUGUGGUCAUGCAGACGAUGCACAAGGUGGAGGAAUACUGGGACGUCUUCAUGCAGUUCGCGUAAGUUUCUCCACAUGGAUGGCCUGUCCGACCCACGUGUGUGUGUGUGCAUGUUUGGUGUGUGCAGGAGUUUGUCCAAGUACGACCCGUCGCAGCCUUUGGUGGUGGGCCGUCGGCUGGAGGGCAUGCCCGAGGCACCCACCAACACCGACAAGGCAGACACCACACGCAACACCACCAUCGCAAUUCUCGGACAGAAGUACACACACAUCCAUAGAGGCAGCGGGAGAGGAAGCGCACGGACAGACACACACAUAUCGGUAUGCGCUGUGUGUGUGUGAUGCAGGCGUGGUCGUUUGGGUGCUGAGAUCUAUGUCAUGGGAGCAGUCGAGAAGUGCGUGCCUGGUCAGUGGGUGGGAGGUGGAGGGGGUCCAUGACACAUGCGUCUGCUUCCAUGUCUCUCUACCUGUGUGUGGUGUGUGGAGGUUUCUACCCCGAUGCGCAGGUGUUCGAGAGUCGCUUCCACAAGACCGCCGGAUUCGCUGUCGACAAGGUGGAUAGACCCGCCCGCCAACCCGUCGCCACCAUCCAUAUGCUCUGCGUGUGUGUGUGUGUUCAUCAGUAUGUGUUGGAGGACGAGAACGCCAUGGCAUGCGCCGUGCCCAUGCUCAACGCCGUCCAUUGCGUCCGUAUCGAACACCGCCGGCAACACAUCACACCACACCACAACACCCUACACCGCACCACGCCCACCCUCUGUCUGUCUGUCUGUCUGUGUAUGUGUCAUCCAUGCCAUGCAGGCGUCGAAUGCGGUUGUCAACCACAUCGGUCGUCGUGCGUGUUACAUCCUCGGCACUCGAGAGGAGCGGAGGCUGGGCAAGGACUACAUCGACCUGGCCAUCGUCCACACCAUGAUUAAGAUCAGACAGCCGCGACCCUUUGCAAGGGCACUCAAGGAACGCGGAUUCACUCUCGACGGACGGUAGGCACAUAGGCACAACAGUGGUGCACAGCGAGACAUGUGUCUUCUCUGUAUGUGUGUGGUGUGUGGUGUGUGGCAGUGAGGACAUGACGCGUCACGAGUUCGUUGGGUACUGCAACCUGGACAUCGUUGCCGACAUCGCAAAGCGCACCAUGACCAUCAUCAUCAGACUCAAGGAGUAAGUAAGAAACAGACCACCCACACACACAGAAAAUGACCCAUCUCUGUUGUGGGCGUUGGUGUAAUGUUGUGCAGGUAUGACCGUUCGCCCACGCAGCUCUUGUGGGUGUUCGGCAGCAGCAAGGACAACAGGUCGACGGCCGUCUCGCUCAUCGACCGGGCCCGCAUCAUCCCCUCUCACUUCACAACACUCUCCGACCUCCCCACCGCCCCCAAAUCCCCCCCGACACACCGCUGCACCACACACUCAUGCUCGAGCGAUGAGCAGCACCAGUCGCAGCCGCAGCAGCAGCAGCGGGAGGCCCCCCAGCUGCUCCGCCGCUCAUCGCACGCCACAACGAUCGUGUCUCGUGAGAGCUCUGCUGGUGCCCAUGAUCCCAACAACCAUGCGGACUCGCUGCCCGUGUCGGUGGCCACCAGUGUGCUCGACGGCGACGAGGGAGACGCCGGCAGCCAGCAGCAGCAGCAGCAGGAGGGGAAGGACACAGGGCUGAUGCCGAUGAGUGAAGAGCAGUAUGCCGCGCAUUGGCCUUCGCUGUCAGUGGGCGAGAUGACGUCAGAGGACCGCUGCCACUCCUCUCCCACCCGCACACAGCCGCAACAGGACACUGAACGGUCGGCUGCAUACAUAGAGAGAGACACUCGCGCGAAGGCGGAUGAAUGAGGGGAAUUUCUGUUGUGUGCUGUGUGCAGGUGUGAUAUGUCUGAGUUGGUGUCUGGGUUGUUGGUGCAGCUGCGGGGCCGUGCGCUGGCCCUCCAGACACUCACGACAUCCGCCGUCAGUCUGCACGACCAGUGCUGCGACAACCUCAAACACCACCAGCAACACAACACAACAGACAAGUACCUUCUGAGACACACAAAGUGAGGGGCAAAGGGGGGACCAAUAUCAUGUGUGUGUGCAGCAGUGAUGGUCGUGUUGCUGAGUGUGUGGACCGCGUGUGUGGCGUGCUGCGCGAGGCCAACCGUGACGAGCAGCAGCUGCUGGAGGGCCAGCAGCUGCUCAACGCCAAAAUACACCAGGCCUACGCCGAGCUCAAAGUGGCCUUACACAAGUGACUGCGGAUCCAGUGCCCUCAGACAUAUCGACAGACAGACAGAAAGAGACAGAAAGAGACAGACAGGCAUGCCCAUCUAUCUAUCGGUGUGGUGGUGUCUGUGUGGGUGGAUGAGUGAGUGAGUGAGGCCCGGCUCCCAUGCGCCGAGAGGAAAGGGUGGACGGACACAUAUAUUGGUGGACAGUGGCGUGUGUGCAUCCACACACAUUCAUGUUCAUGUAUGGAACUCUCUGCGUGGAUGCGCUGAUCGCAUCCGUGACAGUCUUAUAAUACAGAUCAAUUCAUC